AAUGUCAAUUUUUGAGAAGAUUAUUUGCAAAACAGUUUACCGUAGUGAUUUACAAUGUUAACCUUAGCCAAAUCUAUUAACCGUAUCGCCAAACACGCCAGACGUUAUUCAAUCCCCGCUCAAGAACGAGAAGUGAUAGGUUGCAGGGAAGUCGUCGGUCCAGGGAUGAACAACAAGCCGAUAUACUUCGACCGCCAGGACUUUCCUUGUCCGGCGAUACGCUUCUUAUGCCCCCAGUACACUCUCGCCGAGACAAGGCGAGCGUUGGCGAGUGCGAGAGUGUACUCGACAACGCGAGAGUGUACACGGUUACCUCGCAUAAGCUCUCGCCCGAAUUACUCGGCGAACGCCUCGGCGAGGCGCCUCGGCGAACGUCUCGGCGAGAGUGUACUGGGGGCAUUACCAGAUAACCCUUACCUGCAAGCGUUGCGGGAAAAGGAAAAGGGAGAUUGGAAGUCGUUGAGCAUUGACGAGAAGAAAUGCCUCUACAGAGCAAGUUUCUGUCAGACAUUCGCAGAGAUGGAAGCUCCGACGGGGGAAUGGAAGAGUAUCAUCGGUUGUACUCUGGGUUUCGUCUCCAUCGCUAUUUGGAUAGCGAUGUUUAUCAAGAAGUUCGUGCUGCCACCUCUUCCGCCGACGAUGGAGGUGGAGCGGCAGCAAGCCCAGCUUCAGAGGAUGAUCGACAUGAGUGUGAACCCCGUGGAGGGUCUUGCUUCCAACUGGGACUAUGAGAAGGGCGACUGGAAGAAACGUUCUCGUUGGUUCUGGGAGUGAAGUUCACAAGUUUAGUGUUACUGGUAUUAAGACUUAAUAUUUUGCUUCAGUGUGUUUGUUGGCUUUUGUAGGCCUAGAUAUCAAAUAAAUUUCUUAAUCUUAAACAAUUAUUUUCAUUCAAACGUCUUUUGGUAGAGUCGCGUGAUAUUUGUAAAAAAUCAUAUAGGUACACUUAAUAUUUCAAUAAAAAGUUUAGACAUUU